CAGCACCCACAUUAAAAAAAAAAUUCAGCAUGAAUCUGAUGCUCACUAAUUCAACUAAAUUGCAUGGCUAACCCAACCCUAGCAGUCCUCUGGGGUUACAGGCUGGUGCCUAUGGGUGCUGAGAUCUGAACUCAGGUCCUUGCCCGCCCGUGAUGGUUCACGCUCACACCGUAAGCACACCAGUGAUGGCUCAUGCUCACACCGUAAGCACCCUUACGCACUGAGCUGCCCCCUUACCUGCCAGUGAUGGUUCUGGCCUGUUUAUAUAAUAUCCAACCUUCAACAAGAGUUAUCUGUGCUCAGGUGUCAGUGUACCGAGAAGAAUAAAGAAAAUCCUCAGGAGAUGCUACAAAAAGCCAUACCCCACAGACCCAUCAUGGAGCUGCCACCGAGAGUUCAAGACAAGGAGAAGACCUCUGUCAGGACAGAAUUGCUGGGCCUGCAGAAUCAGGACAGUGAGGCAGCCAGAGCAGACAGAGAGGAGAAGACGUCUGUCAGGACAGAGGAGCUGGGCCUGCAGAAUCAGGACAGUGAGGCAGCCAGAGCAGACAGGGAGGAGAAGAUGUCUGUCAGGACAGAGGAGCUGAGCCUGCAGAAUCAGGACAGUGAGGCAGCCAGAGCAGACAGGGAGGAGAAGAUGUCUGUCAGGACAGAGGAGCUGAGCCUGCAGAAUCAGGACAGUGAGGCAGCCAGAGCAGACAGGGAGGAGAAGAGGAAGGAAACAACCACACGGACAGCACUGGGGAAACGUCAGAGCGUGACAGAGCCUGCCACAAAGACACUUGUUCCAGAAAGUCGGGGUAAAAUGUUGACAGCCACAGGAGCUGUUCCUGCCAAGGACAAGGAGGCCCCGGCCAACCCAUCCCCUGCCUCUUCCCCCCACCGCACCACACAAAGAGGCCAAAGGCUGAAGGCCUCCAACUUCAAGUCUGAGCCUCGGUGGGAUUUUGAGGAAGAAUACAGCUUGGAUGUGGGGGGCCUGCAGACGACCUGCCCCGACUCUUUGAAGAUCAGGGCCUCCAAGUCACCGAGGCUACAGAAUAUCUUUCUGCCCAACCUCACUCUCUUCCUGGACUCUGGACACUUCACCCAGAGCGAGUGGGACCGUCUAGAGCACUUUGCACCGCCCUUUGGCUUCAUGGAGCUCAACCAGUCCUUGGUACAGAAGGUGGUGACCCGCUUCCCUCCGGUACCUCAGCAGCAGCUGCUCCUUGCCAGCCUCCCCUCAGGGAACUCUAGCUGCAUCACCUGUGCUGUGGUGGGCAAUGGGGGCAUCCUGAAUGACUCACACGUGGGCCGGGAGAUAGACAGCCAUGACUACGUUUUCCGGUUGAGUGGAGCUGUUAUUAAAGGAUAUGAACAGGAUGUGGGGACACGGACAUCCUUCUACGGCUUCACUGCCUUCUCCCUGGUCCAGUCAAUCCUCAUACUGGGUCGUCGAGGUUUCCAGCAUGUGCCUCUGGGGAAGGAUAUACGGUAUCUACACUUUCUGGAAGGCACCCGGGAUUAUGAAUGGCUAGAAGCGAUGUUUUUGAAUCAGACCCUGGCAAAAACCAAACUUUCCUGGUUCAGGCACAGGCCCCAGGACGCUUUCCAGGAUGCCUUGGACAUGGACAGAUACUUGUUGCUCCAUCCAGACUUUAUCCGUUACAUGAAGAACAGGUUUCUGAGGUCAAAGACCCUGGACACUGCCCGCUGGAGAAUAUACCGUCCCACCACGGGAGCCCUCCUGCUCCUUACAGCCCUUCAUCUCUGUGACAAGGUCAGCGCCUAUGGCUUCAUCACCCAGGGCCACGAGCGUUUUUCUGAUCAUUACUAUGAUAAAUCGUGGAAACGGCUGGUCUUUUACAUAAACCAUGACUUCAAGUUAGAGAGAGCGGUCUGGAAGCUGCUGCAUGAUGAAGGCAUCAUCCGCCUCUACCAGCGUCCAGAAAAUCCAAAAGAAAAGAACUGACCAGCUAGGCUUCAGGAAUCUCCUGGAUCACCAGCGGCACAGGGUGUAAGGAUUCCACAGAUGUUCCCACGCAUCUCCCAGGACUCAAACCUGCUCCAAGCCCUUCGAGAGUCCCAAGGAACAGCCGUGCAGAGACCGAGGGUUUGGAGUCCUCUGGAAAGUCACUGCCGGCUCUGGUAGUUCCUUGCUCAAACCUCACACUUAGAAUUUGAGCCAAACCCUGAACAAUUCAUUUGAUGUUACGUUACUUUUCAAACUCUGUCUUCGGGAUUUUGGACUCUUGAACCUAAAACAACUCUAAUGAACAGAUUGAGGCCCUGAGUAGUGGUUGGAAGACACAAAACAAAACAAAACAAAAAACACCAACAACAAAACCUUCAUUUAGACUUACUGCCCAGUUGAGUACCAAAGGGCCUGGAUUUGCUCAAAUAGUGCAGUAGCGGCUCCAGCCGACAGGGGGCGGCAGCUGAGCGUCCGAGAGCGGAUUGCCUCUCCUUGCAGUGGGAAGAGGAGUCACAAGACAAGUGUGAGUCUGGUGAAAUUUGGGAUGGACAGAGCCGAUUGGCCCUGUUCUGGAGUGCUUUUCCGGGGCUGCGCUCUGCCCGGGCAGCGCUCCGGAAGAGUGGAGCCAGCCCAGCACUCCAAAGCACAAUCAGGUGCAGGGCUGAGCAGGAUGAAGUUGUGGAGGGCAAUGCAAGCCCGAGGUGCAGCUGGGCAGGACGCGCAGGAUUGCCCAGAGGUGGCCUCAGGAGAGGCGUGCUGAAGGGUGCGUCUGCGGGGUCGCCCCUUUCCCGGCGCCCUGUUCUGGACAGCUCUGGGACUAGCACGUGGUGCUGGGCGAGGGUGCUGCGGCCACCACCACAGCCACUUCUCUGGUCUGGAGAGUGACAGCUGUCCCUGCUGCCCUAUCACCACAGCUGUGGCCACCACCUGCAGUCAGAGCAAACAACAGGGAUGCAGGGAGGGCCUUUGCCCAAGUCCGUCCCCACCCAAGUUGGCCCCAAGUCAACUCAGCCUCGCUUAGCCUCUUUUUGUGGCUUCCCUCUGCCUACAUCAUACAAUAUACAGUUAACCCACUCUGGAGGGAGCAGGAAAGAGGAUUGGAAAAGAGAGGCUUGGAGGUGCAAGCUCGCCUAGGAGGCACAACUCCUGUGUCCCAAUCCAACACCAAAAGGAAACAAAGUUACAUCUACAUCCUCCUCCUCCUCCUCCUCCUCCUCCUC